CUCAAUCAGAGAGGGGAUUUGUGAGGACUGAGAGGUUGAUUUAUAGACCCUAAUUAGGGGUUCAAGGAAGAAUAACCUAUUAAAUCAGGGCAAAAAGUCCACUCUCCUUUUUUUUAAAUAAAUUUAUUUUUGGCUGCGUUGGGUCUUCGUUGCUGUGCGCGUGGGCUUUCUCUAGUUGCGGCGAGGGGGGCUACUCUUUGUUGUGGUGCAUGGGCUUCUCAUCGCAGUGGCUUCUCUUUGUUGCAGAGCACGGGCCCUAGAGUGCGCGGGCUUCAGUAGUUGUGGCACGUGGGCUCUAUAGUUGUGGCUCGUGGGCUCUAGAGCGCAGGCUCAGUAGUUGUGGCACAUGGGCUUAGUUGCUCUGCGGCAUGUGGGAUCUUCCCGAACCAGGGCUCGAACCCAUGUCCCCUGCAUUAGCAGGGGGAUUCUUAACCACUGUGCCACCAGGGAAGCCCUCAAAUCUCCUAUUUUAGAAACUUAGGCUAUUCCAAAUUUUUGCUGUAUUGUAAGGAUUAAAUGAGAUGACACAUGUAGAGUGCUUAGGAGGUUGCCUCACAUGGCACUCAGUAAAGGUUAGUAUUAGUGAUGAUUAAUAAAAAACUUUGCAUGUGUUCUUACUUAUUUCCUUAGGAAAAACUCCGAGGAGAAAAUUGCUGGGUCAAAGAUAUGUAUUUUAAGGCCCUUGAUACAAAUUGCAAAGAUCUUUCUAAAACACAAAUCUGGUGGUGACCCUUCCAUGCUUAAAUCCUUCUGUGAUCCCCAUGCCAGUGGGAGUAGGACCACGCAGAGCUCUCCUUGAUCUAGCUGGUCUCUGCCUACUUCUUCAACCCCAUCUUCCCCCCCAGCACUGCCCCAACCUAAACAUUGCCAUUCUAAACUCAUUACAGUUGUUAAUCCUUUCCCUGUAAAGACCUGCCUCCUUGUUUUUGGAAAACUUGAUUUUUUUUUUUUGUUCCUAGAAUGUUCUAAUGCCUCCCGCAAAUCAAAACUUACCUUAGGUCCCACUUCUGCCAAGAAACCGGCAGUGUUCCUCCCUGCCUCCCGUCUGGGUUAGGCGAGCCUCUGAUGUGCUGUCUCAUAGUUAGCUGUGCACAUCUCUUUAGAGCAUCUAUUCAUCCUGUAGUGAAAUAUUAACUUGAUUACUUGUUUGUCCUGCAUAGUAGUCCAUAAGCUUUUGAAAGACAAGGACAGUGUCGUACUUCUUUUGCAUAAAUAGUUGGUGCUGAAUAAAUGUUGGUUGGAUAGAUGGAUGAAGGAAUAACAAGGAUCAAUGAAUAUAUUCCCUUGGCUGCAGGACAGUAGUCAUUGAGCCACAUACACACCCUUUCCUUCUCCUUCUCAGGACCACACUCUCCCCACACCCCACUCAUGAAUCCCCAAAAUGCUUGAUUUGACUGUGUCUCAAUUAGACUCUUGAUUGUGAGAAACUGAGAUGGACUCAGUUAAUGCAAGUAAAGUUUGGUGAUAAAGAUUCACACAGAGCCUGAGAAGGUUACAGUCUUAUGGAAAUCUAAGAAUAAAUAAGACUGGUCUGCAUGCACAUUGCUGUCUGGGGUGGUGCUAGGUGAAUUAGGGCCUUCAAGGCCAGGAAUUCUUGGGUCUUUGCUUCAGUGCUUCACCACCAACGUGCCCGCCUGUGUUUAGUCUGUUACAGCCUAUUCUCUACCUCGUGCCUCCCACAUGCUCAUGGGUUCUGCUUCCUGGUACCUUUGGCUCCUUGACCCUCGUGGCUACUUCUGUCCCUCACGGUAUCCUUUCAGCUCAUCACCCCCUCGUUGUCCCAAAUAUUUCUUAGUUCACGAUCCUGAGGAUGGAUGUCAUCUUUUCAAGCCAGACCAUAUGUCCGUCCACUGGUCAGCCUGUGCAUUGCCCACCUGUGGCCUAAUCAGUGUGGCUCCAGGAGUGAGAGGCAGGGUCACGUGGAACAAACUGUGGCUGCCCAAGGGCUGCUCCUUUAGCAUCGGGUAUUGCUGUGAAUGGGGCAUUUUUCCUUUGAAGAGGCUAUGGGUAUUUCCCUGACAGAACUUGUCCCUAUAGCCAUUCAUAAAAUUUCUUAUGCUUUUUGUCUAGUAAUCAUUCUGAGCAAUGUUGAAUGUGAAUUUGUAAAGACAGUAUGAGCCUUAAUAUGUUCUUGACUGCCAGGAACAGAACUUUGCCUCUAAGAUUAUGGUAAAACAAGCACCACAUUGUGUUCUGUAUAGCAACAUCCAUGGCCUUUCGCUCUAGCUCUGGGAUGGGGUGGGCUUGCUCUUGGCCUUGCUUUACUUUGCCUUCCCUUUUGUAGGGUAUUGAGAAUGAAGGUGAGUACCUAACUCACUGGUGUGUGGAGAUUUCUUGCCUCAUGGGUCACAAAACUACAAAGCAAGACUGCUCUUCUACCCUCUUUCUCAUCCCACACCUCUGCCUCAUUAGGACUCGGCUCUUCUCUGCAAGGAGAGCACUCGGGAGGGAAUGGCUGCUGUGUCUCCGACUACCAGAUUCCAGGACCCAGUGACAUUCGAGGACGUGGCGGUGGUUUUCACAGAUGAAGAGUGGAGGUGUCUGGUCCCUACUCAGAGGGACCUCUACAAGGAGGUGAUGCUGGAGAACUAUAAGAGCAUUGUCUCGUUGGGACUUCCAGUUCCUGGACCUGAUGUGAUUUUUCAGUUGAAAAGAGGGGAUGAGCCUUGGAUAGUGGAGCUUCAUGGAUCUGAGGGGAAAGAAUGUGCAGGGAAUGUCUCUCAAGACUGGGAGACUAAGCCUGAGAUUCAAGGUGCUUCAGAAGAAGAAAAAUCAGAAAGAACCUUGAGGGAAAAGCUUGGAAUGAAACGUCCUUCAUCUCCUAAAUUUGAAGUUCAUGCAGUGGAUGGUGGGUUGGGAACAGAGAAGGAAAGCCCUGCAGAGGAGGCCUGCAAGAAAUCCCUUUCUCAGGAGGAAAGGUUGCAGCAUGGGGCAACCCCUCCCAAGAAAAUUCUCACUAAAGAGAGAGACCAGGAAUGCAGUGACUGUGGGAAGACCUUUUUUGACCACUCCUCCCUUAUUCGCCAUCAGAGGACUCACACUGGAGAGAAGCCCUAUGACUGUCCUGAGUGCGGGAAAGCCUUCAGUCACAGGAGCAGUCUCAGUAGACAUCUGAUGUCGCACACUGGGGAGAGCCCCUACGAGUGCAAUGCCUGUGGGAAAGCCUUUUUCGACCGUUCAUCCCUAACUGUACAUCAGCGAAUUCAUACUGGAGAGAAGCCCUUUAAAUGCAAUGAGUGUGGAAAAGCCUUCUUUGACCGCUCGUCCCUUACUCGACACCAGAGAAUUCAUACUGGAGAAAGUCCUUAUGAAUGUAAUCAGUGUGGGAAAGCCUUUAGCCAGAAAAGUAUUCUUACUCGACAUCAGCUAAUCCAUACGGGCAGGAAGCCGUAUGAAUGUAACGAGUGUGGGAAAGCCUUCUACGGUGUCUCAUCACUGAAUAGACAUCAGAAAGCCCACGCUGGAGAGCCUCGCUAUCAGUGCAGCGAGUGCGGGAAAGCUUUCUUUGACCGCUCCUCCCUUACGCAACAUCAGAAGAUUCACACCGGAGACAAGCCAUAUGAAUGCAACGAAUGUGGAAAAGCCUUUAGCCAGAGGUGCCGGCUUACGCGACACCAGAGGGUUCAUACAGGAGAGAAGCCCUUUGAAUGCAGCGUGUGUGGGAAGGUUUUCAGUUCCAAAUCAUCAGUUAUUCAACAUCAAAGGCGUUAUGCCAAACAGGGAAUAGACUGAGUUGAGCAAAAGCUUUAGUUAAAGGACCUCCAUGCAAACUCAAGAUAGGUCUUCCCCAACUUAAAUCCAUCUCCCGGUCAUUGCACCUAUGCUGGCUACUACUCUCCUUACCUGCCUCUGUUACCACAGUGUUUGAAGGAACAUUCUCUACCCACUGUGUUAUAGAGCUGAUGUGGGAUGCCAGAAAUUAGGAUGUGACUCUUUAGAGUCAGCAUUUUGCAGAGGUUUGUCAGACGAUAGGGACAAACGUUAGGAGGCCGUCCUCAGACACACCUCUCGUCCUAUGCCCCAGGUAUCACUACACUUUAAAUAACUGGAGGCCACAGCAGGAGAGGAAGGCACACUAAUGUCAGAGCAAUACUGUUGUUUCCAGAACAGUUCUUUAUAGCCGUUAGUCCCUCUCUCUUGGAGACUUUUUGGGCACUGACCUUGUUCUGUUGUGUCCCAGCUUCUAGAUCUCUUAAUACUACUACUAGUAGCUAGCACUUAUUGAGCGCUUAUUAUGGGGCAAGCACUCAGCUGAGAGUUUUGCAAGGAGUAGAUUAUUUGCUCCUCUCACUAACCCUCUGAAGUAGGUACUGUUACUACCCACAUAUUACAGAUGAGCAAACUGAAGUUUAGAGGAGUUAAAUAACCUGCCCAAUAUGACAGCUAGUAAAAGGUGAAGCCAGGUCUUGAAUACAGGUCUCCCUUCAAAGUCUGUUCUCUUUACCAUAAUGCUAUAAGGUUUGUUUUAUAAUUUAUGUACAUGUAUUAUUUCCUCAACCAGGUUGUAAGCACUCGGAGUUGUGACUUAUAUGUCUUUGUAUCUCACACAGUGCCUUGCAAAUAAAAGGUGCUCAAUAAAUAAUUAUCUGAAUUAAU